AUGUUGUCAUUUUACAAGAUCCUUGCUCGGCAUAAGCAUUUAUCACCAGUGUCUUUACUGCGGAAUGUAAUAAAUAUUUUUAUAACCCCUUUAUGUGCAAUUUAUAGAGUUCUCUUUCAGAUCAGAGAUCGAUGUCAUUCGAUAAAGCAGUUAAAUUUGUGCCUGAUCUUUUAGAACCGGCCAAGUUGGACUGGCUGGUGGAAGAAGCCUCCGAUUUUGCUCAUGUAGGUUUUUAAUAUUAUCUCUAUAUUCAGAAAUAUUUAGAUAUUACCGUAUUCGUUCUAGAAGAAAAAGUUGACCCAUUUGGGUCAACUGUUUCCCUCAUUGAAAGUCUCAGAACUAGUAAAGAAAGUGCUUUUAGUGUGUCGGACUGGUAUUGCGCACCCGUGAACACAAACAUCGUUCAGAUGUCUGUCAAGCUGCUCCUCUUGCCCUCUUGCCUUCUCCUUUCCCUCGACAUCUCUUCGAAAAAGCUGUUGAAGUACAGAAAUGGAUGAAUUUACUGUAUUUCCGUAUAUCAUUCGAUGAGAAGUUCUUGUUAAAAGCUCAUGAGAGGGUUAUCGAGACAGAUGAAUUCACGUCCAACAUGGUCAAGUGCUUUUUGGAGACAAUAAAAGAUGGUUUAGUGCAGAAGAAAGUUGUUCUUACUCAGAGGGCUGAUUACAUGUGUCAUCACAUCGAUGGGCAAGAACCGGAACUGAAACAGGUACGUGGAAUUGGAAUUGUUCAUAAUAAUGCGUUCCUUUAUUUUAGAUCGAGGUCAACAAUAUUGCAGUUAGCAUGGGCGGUCUUUCACAACGAGCUUCUCUAUGGCAUCGUCGCGCUCUAGUCAAACUUGGUGUCCCCGAAGAUGAAGCAAAGCGGAGGGUGCCAGACAAUCAGCCGAUUAAAACUUUGGCCGCUGGAUUGGCCACGGGAUGGUAAGUUGAAUUAUUAUUAAUUACUUUUGUAAGCUUAUUGUUUUGCGCAUGACGUCAUCGUUAAUUUAAGGAAAUCCUAUGGAAAUCCGGCCGCGUCAGUUCUUGUGGUCAUCGAAGAAGUGAAUCAGAAUCAAUUGGACAUGAGAUUCGUAGAGUAUGAAAUCGAGGAAAGCAUUGGAGUACAUGUGAAUUUCAUCAGAGCAACCCUAACUCAGUGUUAUGAAAAGUAAGAGUAAUAUUGUAGAGUAAUUUUCUUUUAGACUAACAACCAAAAAUCGCAUACUGUACUACGAAGGUCAAGAGAUCGGUCUAGUAUACUUCCGAGCCGGGUAUUCACCCUCAAGUUAUCCCACAAACAAUGAAUGGGAGGCCAGAACACGAAUCGAAAAGUCUUUGGCCAUAAAAUGUCCAUGGAUUGGACUUCAACUGGCCAAUACGAAAAAGGUGCAACAGGUACUCGACAAGGCUGGAGUUGUAGAAAACUACCUCUCGGAUCAACCUCAGGAAGUGAUAGAUUUGGUCAGAAGUACAUUUGCUGGACUUUGGGGAUUGGAAACGAACGAUCAGGUGACGUUGGAUGUGAUUAAGGUAAUACUACAGUCGUUACUGAGUUUGUCAUGUACAUGGGCGUAACUAGUGAGUCCCUCCAGACAGAAGUCGACAAAAAAUGAAAGGACCAAUGGUCAUGUCUAAUGUUUCGAAAAAAAGUUAUGAUGAUUGAAUUUAGGACGCAAAAGAACAUCCUGAAAGGUACGUGCUCAAGCCACAACUGGAAGGAGGCGGUGGGAAUUAUUAUGGGGAUGAGAUCAGAGAAAAAUUAAAUCAGUAUAGUGAUGACGAGAGGUCCGCACACAUCCUCAUGCAGAGAAUACAACCUCUUAUUGUGAAAGUAAGACGAGACGGUUAUUUGCAUUUCUCUUUCUUAGAAUUACCAUCUCCGGGCCUUUGAAGAUGUUCAGUUAGCAGAUACAGUAAGUGAAUUGGGAAUCUAUGGAUGUCUGGUGGGAGAGACAAAGACAAACCCGCUAGAAGGGUAUAGUCUAGACAACUUUAUUGUCAAGUCAAACACAACUGGAGGACAGAUUCUUAGAUCGAAGGCAGAAGACAUAAACGAAGGUGGAGUCGCCGUGGGGGCAGCUGUCAUCGACACCCCUUACCUCUUCUAA